GACUCAUAUUCACAAACCGUACAAUUCGUUCGAAGCAGCAACAAUCGUUUGCCUGUUCAACAACGUCGACGCUUCGCAACACGCCAGCGAAAUCUCUCACUCGAAAUUAAACAGAGAAUAAAUCAGUUUCUACAGAUCAACAGCAUAUCUCCUCUUGGCCGAUAUUUGUGUUUGACUCACAAAUCACCCCUCCAUUUCACCCCGCGAAUCGCAGACAUCCCACCCCGGCUUCACUACCUAGCUACGACAACUGGCGACUGUGACUCCGACCGAUACACCUCCUAGUAGAUAUGGCCCCUCUUUCUACAGGCUACGCGCCUGAUCUCGAGAAAUAUCUCAGGUCUCUCAAGGGUCAAGCACUGGAAUCCUCUGUUGAGAGCCUCAUCUGUCUCCUCAAGCGACGACAAAUCAAGGGCUCUGAGCCCUGCGCCGUCGCUACAGCUCACAUUCUACUCCAAGUCGUCGCCCGAUCGAAAUGGUUCAACGUUGACAGCUUGAUCGACAACGUCUCGCGUAUUGGUCGUCGCCUGGUCGAGGCUCAGCCCAAAGAGCUCGUUAUUGCCAACAUUGUGCGCCGAGUCCUAGGCCUCAUUCGUGACGAAGCUGCCGAGGAUAGAAACGAGGGUGCGAGUGAAACCCCUAGUGACGCCCAGAUCACACCAACCGAUGCUGUCCCGAACCCAGAUGCCCUUUCUCACCAAUGGCCUCCUUCGACAUAUGGCAAGCAAGAUUCUGCCGGAGACUAUAUCACCAACAGCGCCAAACCUCCUCCCGCUCGGCCUGGUCCACUAUCCUCCUACAGCUCAGUCAACGUGCCUAAGACUCUCUUUCACCUCCUCUCAGUGUCUACACCCGGCGAGCUCGCGCCCAGCAGCCAGGGAUCGCCCCUAGGUCUUUCAGGGGCAUCAACUCCUUCAUGGAGAGCUCCUUCGGCUCAGGUUCAUGCUUUGAGAUCAGAGGUCAUCGACGGUAUUGAGGAGAUCAAGGAUGAGAUCAGCUCUGUGGACGAUCAAAUCGCGGCCUUGGCUGACGUUCAGAUUCACCCUGGCGACUACGUGCUCAUUCAUCAGCCCUCACCUACAGUCGAGCGAUUCAUUCUUCGCGCAGCUUUGAAGCGCCGAUUCACAGUUCUCAUCGCGACCGAGCCACCAAAAAAACAGACCCCAGAAAUCCCCCAUGCCUCGUUCCGUAAGAAGCUCGCUUCCGCUGGUAUUACAGUGAUCAACAUCAUGAAUGGAGGGUUGAUGGCAUACAUGUCCCGAGUGGACAAGGUCAUUCUGGGGGCGCACUCGAUUGUCGCCAGCGGUGGUGUUAUGGCCGAUGCGGGUGCUGCAGCCAUUGCUCGAGCCGCAAAAGAGCGAGGACGUGCUGUUAUUGUCCUCGGCGGCGUGUACAAACUCAGCCCUGUGAACCCUUUCAGCGGAGAGCUUUUGAUUGAGUGGGGAGACUCUGCCAGCUUUGUCAACUUUGCGGAUGGACACAUGGUGAACAGCGUCGAGGUUCGGACUGCCCUCAAUGAGAUGGUCCCUCCAGAGUUGAUCGACAUAUACAUCACCAAUCUGUAAGUCAAGAGGUCGUUGUGUAAGGCAAACAACUAAUUUUUCAUUCAGGGGGACACACUCAAGAGAUCACUUGUCCAGUCUCAUCGCAGAUCAUUACAAGACGGAGGAUGUCGAUUUUUUCCUUAACGAAGAAUGAUGGAGGAAUACAAAAAAUCAAAGGAAAAGAAAACGUCGCAAAAGUUGUGCCAUUCAUUCAUUUCUCGGCGUUGAGCGAGACAGGGUUUCCACUAUCCAGUCAAGGAGUGAAGGUACCAUAGAAUUUGCUUGAUAGCACAUAUCACCAGCGUUUAAAAUUUCAACCAUAUUGGGUUGAGAUCAGCCUCACACAAAUCAUCAGAUUACACCGCAACCGUGUGCAUCGUAUCGAGUCGUAUGCG